CCGAUGAACCAGUCAACGGUGUCGCGUAGAUAUUCCGGUAGACGCUCCAGUUUGUUAACUUAAAUGCCACUUUCGUCCCGAACAAAAACAAACACAAAUAAAUCAGUCCCGAAAAUCGCUAAUGCACCACUCAGCUGAUAUAUUUUGCUUGUUAACUAUUUUUAGUUCUAACACCUGUCAGGUUUAUUGCACUCAGUUACCGACGCAACAAUUCGACGAUCGGUCCGUGUUGUUCGACCGCACUUUCAAGACGGCUUUAAUAACAAUUCAGGCCCGUCUAAAUAUUUGUUCGAUGGAAAAUGAAGUCAUCGUCUCAAAUCGCAAAUUAACUCCAUAUUUAUUUCUGUCAAUGCUGCCAACAUAACGGGCCACUGUCAUAGGAAAGUCCGGAAUCUCUCGAUUUAUCGAAUAAAAAGCUCAAAAAACUUAACAAACCCAGUCCCACUGAAAGCAAUGUAACAACCCUUAUUUUAGAUGACAAUGAGCUCCAACGUUUGGACAACAUUGAUUCAUAUUUUAAACUUCAAAAGUUGUCUGCUGUGAAUAAUCAAUUGCUGCGCAUGUAUGGGGUGUGCAGAUUACACUCAUUGCACACUCUAAACCUGGCACACAAUGGUAUUCUUACAAUUGAGGGGCUGAAAGAGCUUGUUUGCUUGAAGUGGUUAUGUUUAUCAGGAAACAGUAUUAAGACCAUUGAACAUUUACAUACAAACACUAAUUUAGAAUAUUUAGAUUUGUCUGAAAACAGUAUUUCUCAUAUUAGUGAUUUAUCAUAUUUAAAGAGUCUCAAGGAAUUGUAUCUGCAUAAAAACAAGAUCAAUCAUUUAAGCCAGUGUGAUAGAUUUUUGCCUGUUAGUUUAACAACAUUAACAUUAGCUUCUAACAAUAUAACUGAUCUGAAUGAGAUUUCAAGAUUAGUCAAUUUGACAAAUUUAACAAAAAUCUCCAUUGCUAACAAUCCUUGUGUUAACAUGACUGGGAAUAAUGUAGGCUUUGAUUACCGUCCAUUUGUAAUAAACUGGUGCUUGAAUGUUAGUGUUAUAGAUGAUUAUGUAGUUGAUGCUAUAGAAAGUUUAAGGGCUGAAUGGUUGUAUUCGCAAGGUAGAGGUCGACAUUUUCGAGUUGGUGAUCAGCAGGAACUUACUCAGUAUUUAGCUUCUGUCUGUCCUUUAACUGGUGAAACUUUAGAGACUGAGGAGGAUCGUAAACUCAGAUUGAUACUAAGCAAAGCUCAACAUCAUCAGCAACAACUCAAAGAACAAGGCGACACUCCAACACCAUCACCAAUAACAAGAAAGAAAUUGCAAAUCAACAAGAGUUCGCCAAGAAUGAACGUCUCAAGAUUAAGCAAUAAAUUAAAAUCGCCUGAUCGCAUGACUUCGAGCUGUUACAGCACAAACAACGACAGCGACAAUCCGAAACUAAUGUCGAGAAGUUUAGAUCCUACAAUGUUCAGACAGAACAACACCAAAACAACAAAUGACACCAACAAUUACAUAAUCUCUGAAAAGUGUUUAGAUUCUGAACCUAUCAACAGUCCACUUCAAGCCCUCUCAAAAAUGGUCCCAGUUCCGGAGUCGUUAAUGAGUCCGGAUUACCGACCUCCUGGUUUGGUCGGUCGCAUAAAUUCAACAAUCCCAACCCCAAUAGUCACCAACAAGACUAAAGUGCAGCCGGUCAGAUCCCCGAAACCGACCAGACCGACUCCUGGUAGACUACGAACGAACAUCAAUCCGGAGAUGCGCAAGACCGGUUCGCCGUCGCCUGCACGUCAAAAGCGCAUCAACAACAACUUAAAUUCGAACAGCAAGCCGGACACGCCGAAAAAGACGAUUUUGAGAAAGUCGCCGAGUAGCGAGGAGGAGUCGGAGAUUUGCGAUUCAAAGCUUCAGACUAUCCAAAUGAAGGCGGAAGAGAGGAGGAUGCAGAAGGACGCGGAACUUUCUAGCAACGGCAGCAAUGAGGACAAAGUUGAACAGGCGGUGGUUUUUAUUCAGAAAAUGUGGCGAGGCUAUUACACCAGGAAUAAAAAUAAGGAGGUGCAGGAGAUGUUCAGGACUUUGCAAAAUCAGAGGGCCAAUCAGUACAUUCAAAAACUGGCCUCGGAUAUGGAGAACACGAAGGCAGCUUUGGAGAGUGAAAGAAAGAUACAGAUGUUACAGACUGAGGCGAUCAGUGCCCUUUGGAAGAAGAUUUCUGCACUCCAGCCGGAAACUGGAACCAGCGAGGGUGUUAGCAACUCUGUUAGUAUGACUAACUUGUCUCUGGGCAAUAAUACUGAAGUCGUCAAGGAACUGGCCCAGACCUGCACCAUGCUACAAAAUCAAAUACAACAGCUACAAAGUUCCAUGCAGGACAUUGUAAAAGUAAUGACCGCCUUCAGCCAAUCGACAGGCAUAAGCCAGAACUUUAAAGACAACGGAAUAGCGACUCAAACUGAAAUCGUCGCCGUCCACACCCCUCAAGGAGAAGCCGGCAAAUUGUUUCCGUUCCAACGUCAGACGCGUCCGUCGUCGUUGCCGUUGCCGGUGGGCGUGCGCAAAAAGGACGCCAACACGGCCACCACGCUGAACUCGGAGCUGAAGCAGUACGCCGGCACGCUGGUGGACGGGGUCAUAAAAACGGUGUCGGAGGAGUCGAGAGACGACUCCUCCGCCACGCAAUCGGAGGGCGAGAACACUGUCACGGAGGACGACGUGGAGAAAACUGAUGAGGAUAAAUGAAGGGUUAAUUAAGUACAAACUCUUGCCUGUGUUACUCAUUUUUAGCUUGCGUUUUUUUGUCUUAAUUUAUUUUGUUGCACCGAGACUGGAAUCUUAUCUUGUUUUUGAUGUUUUUUUUGUCAUUAAUGAUGUAUAAAUUUGUUUUCUAAACUGUUUUUUAUGUUAUUCUACCUCUUUUGUUAGGUAUUGUUUGUUAUAUGCACACAAGUUACUGUUCUGUUGAUCACUUGUGUAAAAAAAUCAAGGUAGCUUAAGUAUGUACUAAUUUUCAAGACGACGACAAGAUGCUGUAUUUUUAAUACUUAAAACCAAAGAUACUCUAAUUAUAUUUAAACAGAAAUCUCUUGUGUUCGAUGAAUAUUACAAAAUAAACUGUGAGAUAAGUUAUUUAAAGAAUCUCAGGGUGGGAAUGUUAUUAAUGGCGCAUUUACCAAACUGAAAACACUAAGGAUGAAUAGUUUUUCAUGUGAGCACGUUAUAUAAACAGCAAAUCUAUAGAUCUGUCGAAGUUUAUUUAUAGUAGUAAUAAAAACCGCAUUUAACGUCAGUUUUUUAAAUUGUGGUGAAUAUAAUUUGUUAAUCAAUCUGCCUUUCAAACUACAUUUGCUGCCUGGGGACUUCCUUUUUAAAUUUAUUACCCUCAACAAAAUUAUUACCCAAAACAAAUAUACUGUUUGCUUGGCAGUCAAUAAUCAUUGCUUAUUACUUUCUUUUGGCAUCUCUAACUGACACUCCGUCUCCAAACUGUGAGAUAAUCAAGAAACUAACCGAAAAUAAAUUUUUAAUGGUCUGUGACUACUUAAAUUUAUUUGUAAUAAACAACAUAUAAACAUGUAAAAAUUUUUAGUCACAUUAAUAAAUUAUAAUCACCUCAAUCUUAACAUUCAUAUUUUACUUGUUGCAUAAUAGUAGAUAUUAAGACAAUACUCAGUUCACAAUAUUCAUUGACAGCAGUGAAUUAAUCCAUUAUGUAAUAUAUUAAAAAUUCUUUUUAAGAAUCUUUUUAUAUAUUUAUAUUUUGUAUUGUUGGCUUCAAUUGGUCCACGAGCACUGAUAUAUUGAAAUAUGGAGAUAGGGUGUAUUAUUGGACAAAUGUUUCACUUAAACUUGUGCAGUAUUUAAGAGAUUGCAAUAUUUGAGCUUUAUUAAUAAAUGUUGGAUGCUAUAA